AUGGCCUUCGUCGACUGCACCUGCGUACAUCAAGUGGACCAAGUCCUAAUGCAACAAGGCAUCAACGACAUCGGAGGAUUUCUGGCUGCAUCAAAGGAGCUUCGUGUACUGUGGAGCUCCACCUACCUCUCGAGGCUGUGGUGUGUCUUCGAACUGGCAGCCUACCGCAAAGUGAACCCCACCGGCAAGAUUAUCCUCUCUCCUCUGUUCAUCGAACGCAUCACCCUUCAGAUUUUCCUGUGGCUGGAGGCUUUGACAUCUGGGUUUUGGUAUUCCAGGGUCCUGAGAUCGGGCCGCAUGGAACUGUCCGGCUUCGUGCUCUUCGCACUGCUGGUCAUCGGGUGCCUGGCCGUUCCCUUGAUCCACUCAUUGCGGCACAGCUACCUUUCGAAAAAGAUCCUGAUUUCCAGCCUGGACACUUUCGAUGUGAGAAAUGUGGAGUGCCUCGUUGACUCUGACAGAGUACGGAUCCAUGCAGCCAUUGUGAGCUGGUAUGGCAGCUUAGACGCCUUCUCCGAGUAUGUGCGCGGCCCCUUCCGUGAGGAUGUCCUGGGUCCUCUGCGCACCCCGGGCAGCAUCCCCUUCGGCUAUAUCUGCGUUUUGGCCACCCCUCUCACGAGUCUGUGCCUAGAAGGGCUGCUAGCCUUGCUGAAGAACGACGGUGUGCCCACGCAGAAUAUCCUCGCAUACAGCUUGAGCACCAUCCUCGCCUUGCCUGUGCUCUGGUUUCCUGCUUUGUUGGUUUUCCUGGUCUUCGUCUGUGAGCGAUGCGCCACACGAAGACAGAGCAG